AUGAACGCGCCAGAUAGAUUCGAGUUAUUCUUGCUAGCAGACGGUGAAAAAAAGUGUUCAGAAGCUGCUGAUACACGUACGCCCAACUCUUCAGUAUUUACAGUAAAUAAAGAAGAUCACACAAUCGCGAAUAUUCUUCGCGCCCAUCUUCUCAAAGACCCCCAUGUUCUGUUUGCCGGGUAUAAAACCCCGCACCCACUUUUUGCAACCUUUGAGCUUCGUGUACAAACAGAUGGUGAAAUAAGCCCAAAAGACGCUGUUGUAGGAUGCUGCAAGGCACUCGUAAAUGAUCUUCAGAUCAUGAGCAGAGAAUUUACAAAAGAAUACGAGUUACGAAAGAUGAUCAGCGGAGAAAUGGGAAUGGACAAGUAA